GUGGUUUCCGUGGUAACGGGCCAUACAGAGCCGAGACCUGAGGAAGAUGUCGGAGGAGCCGGAGCCCGAGCCCGUGUCCCUGGAUCCCAGAGAGCUGCAGAUCCGCAAUGCUAAGGCUUACUUACUGCAGGCAGACAAAUCAGGGCUCAGCCUGUGAGUAUGGGGGUGUAAGCUUGGGGUUAGGGGGAUAUAUAAUACACAGGGGGUCAAUAUAAUACACAGGGGGUCAAUAUAAUACACAGGGGGGGAUAUAUAAUACACAGGGGGGAUAUAUAAUACACAGGGUGGGGAUAUAAUACACAGGGGGGGAUAUAUAAGGGGACAUAUACACACAGGGUGGGAUAUAAUACACAGGGGAUAUAUAAUACACAGGGUGGGGAUAACACAGGAUAUAUACCACACAGGGUGGGGAUAUAACACACAGGGGGAUAUAAUACACGGGGGAGAUAUAUAAUACACAGGGUGGGUAUAUAAUACACAGGGUGGGGAUAUAAUACACGGGGGAGAUAUAUAAUACACAGGGUGGGUAUAUAAUACACAGGGUGGGGAUAUAAUACACGGGGGAGAUAUAUAAUACACAGGGGGGAUAUAAUACACAGGGGGGGAUAUAAUACACAGGGGGGGAUAUAAUACACAGGGUGGGGAUAUAUAAUACACAGGGGGGAUAUAUAAUACACGGGGGAUAUAUAAUACACAGGGGGGGUAUAUAAUACACAGGGUGGGGAUAUAAUAUACAGGGUGGGUAUAUAAUACACAGGGGGGGUAUAUAAUACACAGGGUGGGGAUAUAAUAUACAGGGUGGGUAUAUAAUAUACAGGAGGAUAUAAUACACAGAGUGGAGAUAAAAUACACAGGGUGAGUAUAUAAUAUACAGGGGGAUAUAAUACACAGAGUCGGGAUAUAAUAUACAGGGGGCUAUAAUAUACAGAGUGGGUAUAUAAUGUACAGGGAGAUAUAAUAUACAGAGUGGGUAUAUAAUAUACAGGGUGGGUAUAUAAUAUACAUAGGGGAGAUAUAAUAUAUAGGGUGGGGAUAUAAUACACAGGGUGGGGAUAUAAUAUACAGGGGGAUAUAAUAUAUAGGGUGGGUAUAUAAUAUGUGGGGGGUAUAUAAUAUAUAGGGGGGUAUAAUAUGUGGGGUAUAUAAUAUACAGGGGUAUAUAAUAUGUGGGGUAUAUAAUAUACAGAGGGGUAUAAUAUGUGGGGGAUAUAAUAUACAGGGUGGGUAUAUAAUAUGUAGGGAGGUAUAUAAUACACAUGGGCUAUAUAAUAUACAAGGUGGGGAUAUAAUAUGUGGGGGGAUAUAAUAUGAAGGGGAUAUAAUAUACAGGGUGUAUAUUAUACAGGGGCUAUAUAAUAUACAGGGUGGAUAUGUAAUACACAGGGGCUAUAUAAUAUACAGGGUGGGUAUAUAAUAUACAGAGGCUAUAUAAUAUAUAGGGUGGGUAUAUAAUACACAGGGGGUAUAUAAUGCACAGGAGCUAUACAAUAUACAGGGUGGGUAUAUAAUAUACAGGGUAAGUAUAUAAUACAUGGGGUAGGUAUGUAAUACACAGGGUGUGUAUGUAAUAUGCAGGGUGGGUAUAUACUAUACAGAAUGGGCAUGUAAUAUACAGGGUGGGUAUAUAAUAUAUAAUAUACAGGAUGGGUAAAUACUAUACAGGAUGGGUAUGUAAUUUAAAUUCUGCCAUAAUUCUCUGAAAUUGGAAUGUAGUACAUAGCCUGUUAGAGGUUAUUUAAAAAGUGACUUUCUGUGCAAAUCGCUUUUUGCAUUGUUUAAAUUUAAAUUCCUCGCACUCUGUGUAUAUGUCAGGCACCACUCACUCCCACUUGCUCUCCAGAAACAAAACACCAUCAGAAUCCUACAUCUCAGUUUAAAAGGCAGUUCAGGCAUAAUAUUAUCUUCUUGAGUCUAGUCAAUAGGCUGGUAAGAUAUAAUGUUGAGCUGGCACUAGUAAAGAGACAACGUUGCAGACUAGUUAUUAAUAUUCUCUUGUUUCCUUGUGGUGUUUUUACAGAUAUGAGCAUCUUUCUGCCUUGCUCUCUCGGAUAUUGUCAGAGCGCCCCCCAAAUGCACUGGAGUCACUGGCAGAGGUAAGCUCAGAGCUGCAAUGGGCCAGAUUGAAUCGGGGGCCCGAUGCUCUUCGCACACCAAGGGAGGAACUACAGUCUUACAGCAAGGCCGAAAUUCAACGUGCAUUAUUUACUGGUGGUUCUGGAGAAGGGGAGGAGAACGAGGAAGGAGAAAUGGUGAGAAGUUAAAAAAACAUAUAAGAAAAUGGCAUAACGAGAGGUAUUGUAUUGUAGAGAGUGGAAGGUUGAUUGAAAUUGUGAGGUGUAUGUGGAUGUUAAAAAUAUGUAGUAAAAUACCUCUGAAGAGGACUGUCAGCUCAGACAGAUGAGGAAAUCAAUACAUUGAAUAAUUUCAUAUAUUUAAAUUAAGUUAUUAUUAAUUAUUCUUAUUAAAUACCUUGCAAUAUUAAUAUAUAAUUAGACUUUUGUGUGUAAAAAUAUAAUGCAAUCAGACGUAUGUGAAUACGCUUACAAACAUUUUUUUAUUUAUUGUACUUGCUUAAAAAAUAGGACGUUUUGUUGGAUGUGCUUUGUGUUGGGUGGAGGCACUAUGUCCUACUGAAUUCCUGUGUCUCAUUCUUAUUGUCUGCCAUUUUAUAGAUGGAAUCACCCCUUCCAAAUCUCCUCGAACUUGCUCACCUUGUUCAGCAAGGAGGGUUAAAUUUAGGGAGAGAUGAGACCGUACGGAUAUCACUUGCUCUGAAACGCCUCGUAGAUGCUCAUCCUCUUGAACGCUGUCGCUUCUGGGGCAAGAUCCUGGGUACCCAUGGCAGUUACUUGGUGGCGGAAGUACAGUUCCGGGAGGGGGAGGAUGAAGAAGCAGUGGAAGGAGGAGAGGAAGAAGACAAGGUCUUAGAGGAAGAAGAAGAGGAAGAAGAUGCAGAAGAAGCAGAGGAUCUGCCCCCCAAAUCCACCUACCACCCUCCACCAGAGAUACCCCGAGAGGAGUAUGGAAUGGGGGCAAAUAAAUACAUAUACUUUGUUUGUUCUGAGGCAGGAGCAGAAUGGGUCCGAUUACCCCCAGUUACACCAGCUCAAAUCAUUGCUGCUCGUAAGGUAUGAAUACCUUUUAUCUUUAGUCUGUAAAACUAAAAAUGUUUAAUGGCUACUUCAAAAUACACGUAUCAAACCCUUUAGGUGUACACCUAGGUAUUAUAUGUCUAUCUAUCAUCAUCCAAAAUAUAUGGGGGAUUCAGGGCCUAUCAGUACAUCAAUACAGAACACGUUUUAGACAAAUAAAACUAAACAUAGCAACAACCAUCUCAUGGUGUGGUGUUGGAUUCUCAUUUUAUGGUUAUAAAAUGGUCAGGCCACCAGUACAUCAAAGUUCCUUCGCUUUGUUAGGUUCUAUACUAAGUUUUGUUACCUUCUAUACUAAAUGUAUAUCUAACAGAAGAUUAAUUCGCUUAUCUUUCGUUCUUCAUCAGAUCAAGCGUCUCUUCACUGGAAAUCUUGAUGCCCCUGUUGUCACAUACCCCCCAUUCCUAGGAACAGAAGCCAACUUAUUGCGAGCCCAGAUUGCCCGAAUCUCUGCUGGUACUCAUGUCAGCCCCUUGGGUUACUACCAGUUUUCAGAGGAAGAAGGUGAAGAAGAGGAAGAGAGUGGUGCAAAGGACACAUGUGAGGAGAAUCCAGAAUUUGAGGGAGUACCGGUGUCUGAACUUGCAGACAAUCUGUCUAACUGGGCACAUCACGUUCCACACAUCCUGCCACAGGUGAGAAGUCUGCUACUCUUUUAAAAAAAAAAAAAAAGUUCCAUGUUGAAAAAAGUAAAAAAUGUAUAUACUGAGGGCUUGCAGAUAGCUCAGUUAGCUCCCUGUAGAACAUUUUGUUCCUUAAACAAGGUCAUGGGGUUUAUUUCCAGAUAGGUCAUCUUAUCCUUCCAAGGUUGAGCGAAAGUACGAUCAAGUUGGGUCUUUUUAAAGUAUAAACAAAAAUCAAAAGAGACUAAAGGGACAGGACAACCUGACCUAGAAGUCAAAAGGGGACUAAGUGGGUAAAGUGGGCAUAACCCCGAUAAAUCAUUUAGAGAAAGAGAGUUCCUAAAGCAGGUGCAUUGAGAGUGAGGACCCAAGUGCCAAAGUCACCUGGAUAUCAACUCUGAAAACCACCAGAGAUUUACCCACACGGAAGGUUAACAAUUCAAUACAGAGGGUAAAAGUUACAAGUAUUUUAAUCUUUAUUUGCAUUAGACAGAUAAUUACACACUAAACAUGAAGCUUUCAAACAUGAAGAGCCAUAGAUUCCUCCUUUUUAAGUUACUUUCUUUCUGUCACUUGCACUUUUUGCAUCACUAUUUUAUUUGGUUUCAUGUUUAGUGUGUAAUUAUCUGUCUAACGCAAAUAAAGAUUAAAAUACUUGUAACUUUCACCCUCUGUAUUGAGUUAUUAACUUUCCAUGUGGGUAAAUCCGGGUGACUUUGGCACUUGGGUCCUCACUCUCAAUAGACCUGCUCUUUUUCUCUGAAUUAUUUUGAAGUAUGUCUACACUCCAAGACAUGCCUGAAAAUGAGAGGAAAUUGUAGCAUAUCUUUGUUAGAUACUAUAAAUAAUUAUUAAACAUUUAAAUCGUAGUAUAUCUUUGUAAAAUACUAUAAUUAUUAAACAAAUCGUAGUAUAACUUUGUAAAAUACUAUAAUUAUUAAACAUUUAAAUCGUAGUAUAUCUUUGUAAAAUACUAUCAUUAUUAAACAAUUAAAUCGUAGUAUAACUUUGUAAAAUACUAUAAUUAUUAAACAUUUAAAUCGUAGUAUAUCUUUGUAGAAUACUAUAAUUAUUAAACAUGUAAAUCGUGGGGGCGGAGCCAAGCAACUGACCUGAAUGGCUGCAUGCCUAGCGAGCUCCGCUGCCAAAAAGUAGUUUGGACCAGCUAACACGAACCCAGCCCAACGAAACCGGUACCAAAACGACCUGCAGGCAUCUACCAACGAUAUGGGCCGCAAAACUAAAAAAUCUAAGCCCGACAACCCGCGGCAGCACCACAGCAUUGGCGACAUGUGGAAGCAGGCGCUUAGCGCCCAAGGCCCCAACAUGGCCGCUUACAACGACUACGGCUCGGAUAUCUCUGAUGAUUUCACCACAGAGACUGAGAUGGAACACCCGCAUGAGGAAAUACCACCUCGCAAGUCACCCCCGCAAGCAGACUCCUCACCAGUGACCGUUGCUGUCAUGAAAGACCUCCUAGCAGAUCUCCGACUAACCAUACAGGCCGACAUGGCCCAACUACGCAAGGACCUACAAGGCCUAACGGGCCGGCUGGGCACACUGGAGGCAGACUCCCAGUGCACCAAACAACACACUCAAGCCCUACAACAAACGGUCCAGGAGAUCAAAAUACAGCAAUCCACAUGCGAGCAGCGUAUAGCAGCCUUAGAGGAUCGGAGUCGCUGCCGGAACAUAAAAAUCCGAGGCAUAGGAGAGGAGAUACCGGAGUCUGAACUCCCACAUACAUUGCGGAGACUAAUGCAGUCACUUCUACCUCACAAGCAAGCCAGACAGGUACCCAUCGAAAAUUUAUUUCGCCUACCACGAGCAGCCAAGGCCCCACCAAAGGCCCCACGAGACCUCCUGGCUUGCUUCCAAAAUCACGGAGACAAGGUGGCGGUAAUGCAGGCUACGCGGAACCAAUCACCGUACCCGUUUGAAAAUAUGCAGCUAUCUUUUUACGCGGACUUGUCGGGGCCCACCCUGGCGUGGAGACGCACACUUCAACCCUUUACAGCCCUCCUACGCCAACAUAAAAUCACCUACCAUUGGAGAGGUUCGCGCACACUGUUAAUCCACCACGGGAAUGCGACCUCUACCAUCCAGGACUUACAAGAGGCAAAUGAACUGCUACCGACCCUGGGACUUCCCCCGCUCGCUCAUCCUCCACCGGAGCACAGAACCACGCUGGCACACAGCACCGCUUGGAAUCCCGCAACAGCGACCCCAUUCGUCCCUAGAAGAGCCGAAGCAGCAAACACCGCGGCAACCAACGCCUGACGCAGUCUUGAGGCUACCUAGUACCCAGACCAGUGUACUUUAAACACUCACGAACCAGUUAUGAUGUAUAUAUGUUUAAAAUUUUAAUGCCGACAUUUUAUGGCAGAACUCACACUAGUGCUGGCAACCAAGGGCACGUUAUAGCCACUUAUGUAAAGCCAUUCGAAAUCUUCCCCCCCUCCCCCGGGUAACAGGGGAUCUUUAAACAACACCAACGAGGGCACUGACUUACUUAACAUGUACCUAUUAUACAGUCGUGCUAAAGUAAACUUUAUACCAGUCAUGUUCUCCCAUCUCUCUCACUACUCUGAAUACUACUCCCUAACAGGACCAUACGAUAUAUAAACAUGACUAUUCUGGUGUUAUUUGUAACUAUAAUUCAUGAUAUUCGUUAGCUCAGAUCUACCGGUUUACAGAUUUACCCAAUAUGCAUAGCUAGGGAUCAGCGGUCUACUUUAACAUAUAUGUUCUCAUGCUUUAUAAAUCUUUAUGUGUCAGAGCCUCAACGUAUCCUAACCCUGAAACAUGAAAGCAUGUCACCACAUCCCACCGGUACUAACGUAGUUAACCUAUAACUGUCAAGCAUUACUUAUUCUCAAUUGUCUUACAUAUAUCUAUUCAGACAGUAUAAUCAUCUAAUUAAGCUGGUUAAUACUCCACGAAUAUGCAAAUACUACUGCUACUAACAAACGUGGGUUAAUCUUGCAUUACGUUUAGCUUGUUCAUAAUUCAACAAUUAAAAAUUGUGCUGAUAAUCUCAUGCCAUAAAUGUACAGCUACUGUGUUCACAUCUUUUAAAUAUGCUGCUGUGGCAUUUACAAAUGAUUUGUUACUCCAUGCACAAAGAAAAAUAAAGAAUUUAAAAAAAAAAAAAAAACAUGUAAAUCGUAGUAUAUCUUUGUAAAAUACUACAAUUAUUAAACAUUUAAAUCGUAGUAUAUCUUUGUAGAAUACUAUAAUUAUUAAACAUUUAAAUCGUAGUAUAUCUUUGUAAAAUACUAUAAUUAUUAAACAUUUAAAUCGUAGUAUAACUUUGUAAAAUACUAUAAUUAUUAAACAUUUAAAUCUUAGUAUAUCUUUGUAAAUUACUACAAUUAUUUAACAUGUAAAUGCAAUUAAUCCUGCAUUCUAAAGACAUCAAGUUGCACGAAAAUGCCAUCUAGAUUUUUUUUUUUAUUUUUUUUUUAAGUAAACUGAUAGAUUGUAUUGAACAUGUUUUUUUCUGGUUUUAUAGCAUAUGCAGCAAUAUAAAUAUAUGCUGAAACUCAAUAGGAAAUUAUACAGAAAAAAGCAAUCCACACAUCCUCACAUGGUGGAAAAAAUACAGAGACACUUACAGAAAAACACUGAUAGGUUGUAGGGAUUGGCUGUAGGGUUUAACUGUAGUGAUAGGCUGUAGAGGUUAACUGUACUGAUAGGUUGUAGGGAUUGACAGUAACACUGAUAGGCUGUACGGAUUGACAGUAGCACUGAUAGGUUGUAGGGAUUGACAGUAACACUGAUAGGCUGUACGGAUUGACAGUAGCACUGAUAGGUUGUAGGGAUUGACAGUAGCACUGAUAGGUUGUAGGGAUUGACAGUAGCACUGAUAGGCUGUAGGGAUUGACAGUAACACUGAUAGGUUGUAGGGAUUGACAGUAGCACUGAUAGGCUGUAGGGAUUGACAGCAAACACUGAUAGACUGUAGGGAUUGGCUGUAGAUAGGCUGUACGGAUUGAGUGUAACACUGCUAGACUGUAAUAUUGUAAAUCGCUGCUGAAUUAGUAGGCGCUAUAUGAAUACCAAUAAUAAUAAUAGUAGGGAAUGACUGUAGAUUAGCUGUAGCAAUGAUUGGCUGUAAGGAUUAACUGUAACAUUGAUUGGCUUUAAUGAUUGGAUACCCUACUAACCUCAACAUCUGAGGAAAGGGAUUUAGGGGUGAUUAUUUCUGAUGACUUAAAGGUAGGCAGACAAUGUAAUAGAGCAGCAGGAAAUGCUAGCAGAAUGCUUGGUUGUAUAGGGAGAGGUAUUAGCAGUAGAAAGAGGGAAGUGCUCAUGCCAUUGUACAGAACACUGGUGAGACCUCACUUGGAGUAUUGUACACAGUACUGGAGACCGUAUCUUCAGAAGGAUAUUGAUACCUUAGAGAGGGUUCAGAGAAGGGCUACUAAACUGGUUCAUGGAUUGCGGGAUAAAACUUACCAGGAAAGGUUAAAGGAUCUUAACAUGUAUAGCUUGGAGGAAAGACGAGACAGGGGGGAUAUGAUAGAAACAUUUAAAUAUAUAAAGGGAAUCAACACAGUAAAGGAGGAGACUAUAUUUAAAAGAAGAAAAACUACCACAACAAGAGGGCAUAGGGUGUGGAAUAUGAAGGAGAGCUUUGUAUGAGGUGGGGAUUGUGAUGGAGGGAGAAAAUGGAACUCAGAUGAACAAAGUGGCCCAUUAGAAAAAUGAAAAGGAAAGAUUUGGAACAAGGAACAGGCACUCUCAAAGCUUGUGAUUUCUGCAGACAAUUGGGCACUGAAUUAUGUUCACUGUCAUUGUGUGCACUUUAUUUCCGCAAAGGAAGGCUUGGCUCACACUAUAGACCUUACAAAGAGAAACUACUCCCUAUUUUUAGUGUUUUGCAUCAGAUAUAGGACCUUGUUAUCCUGCAUUCCUUCUGCCUUUAUAACUGUGUCACGAGAAAACUCUCAGUGCUUGUCCUAUCCUUGCCCUCUUGUGAACCCAUGAGGAUAAGAUUCGACUGCCACAUAUCUUUAAUCUCUGAGAUUGUGCCUCCCUGGAUAGAUAAGCAGUAAUUCACAGCACUCUGGUUAGGUGGAAAUUUUUGAACCUUCUUUGUCACCUUAGAACAGGGGUUCUCAACCCAGUCCUCAAGUACACCCUACCAGUCCAGGAUUUAGCGAUUACCCUGUUGUGUCUUAAGUUCCCCCCACCCCCCCAAAAAAAACAAAAAACUCACAUUAGACACAGCAGGGUAAUUCCUAAAUCCUGGACUGGUAGGGGGUCCUUGAGGACUGGGUUGAGAACCCCUGCCUUACAAAGUUAAUGUCCCUAUGUUGCCUUUCUGUGGUGGUAAAUGAAGGCCAAAUAUUUCCACCUUACCGAGUACUAAUAAUAAAGGAUUAUCUGGAUUAUAGCAAGGUUGGCUGUAGGUUAUAUGUGGCGCCAAGCUAACCAUGCUAUGCGAUCUCUGAUAUGUUACAAAUGUCAAUUUGGAUUGUGCCAUUGAGUCCCCAGGUAUUGGUGAAGACGGACUGUCAUAUUGUCUUAUUUGUUAGGGCCGCUGUGUCUGGGUGAACACAUCUGCAAAAUCGGAAGAGCAGGAGGAGGAAGAGGAGGGAGAAGAGGAAGAAAAGGAAGAUGAGGAGGAGACAAUGCCUGAAGUGGGUCCUCCUCUGCUCACACCAUUGUCUGAGGAUGCAGGUACUAACAGAUCUAGCUCAUACCUGACCCUGUGUUUCCUGAACGCUGCAGCUAAAUGUGUUGGUGAUAUGUAGCAAAGCUUCAGAACACAGGAACUGCCAGAGUGAAAUGCAGACCCAUUGUAAGCCAGGUGUCUACAUUAUUUAAUGGGACAUGUGACCUUUUUUCUAAAACCUCACUUGUGAUGAUUCAUGUUCUCCACGUGCUCAUAACAUUCAUCCUAUUUUAAUAUUCUACAUUUUCAGAGGUUUCUACUAAAAUGCUCAGAUUUUGUAAUUUGUCAUUUCUUUUUGUAUUCUGUUUGUAGAAAUUGGUCACACCGCUCCGUGGACGGUAUCGAUCUCCUCUCACCUCAUUCCUCAAUAUGCUCUUGCAGUCCUCCGCUCCAAUUUGUGGCCUGGAGCUUACACCAUUGCCAGUGCCAAGUAAGAUAUUCGUAACAUUCUCAUUCCUUCACUUCAUAAUUUUUGCUUGAAAAAAACCCCACCCAUUUUCAGUACAUGUUAUGCUGCUUGUUGAAGUACAGACCAUUCAAUUAACUAAGGAGACUUGCAGGUCCAAACCUGGAUUAUGGGGAACGAUGCAGAUGUAAGGCUCAUACACAUCUAAAGGCAGCGUAAAGAACCACCUUAUCAGACUACUGAAUAGUGGGUCAUACAUUUUCAUUACAGGAAUGAAAUAUGAAAAAAUGGUGUUCUUAUAAAAAUGUGUCCAGUGUAUUAGGGAUUACUUAUUGGAUCUAUUUUGGAUUGGAGAUGCCUCCCUUAGUGUAGUUUUCUUCAUUAUUAAAUGAUAAUUGAUCUCUCUGUAAAUGGUGAUGGCUGCCAUGUUGCGAAUUAUAGUUCAUGAAAAAUUAUUCAACAACCAAUUGGUCUGACCUGUUUUAUUGAGUACUUACUUAUCUUGGUCCUAUUUUCACAUACAUAUACCAUUUUAACCGUUGGUCUUCUUCUCCUACAGGAAGUUUGAAAAUAUCUACAUUGGCUGGGGGACAAAAUACAGUCCGGAGGGGUACAGCCCUCCUGCCCCACCCAUACCCCAGGCAGAAUAUCCCAGCGGGCCAGAGAUAAGUGAAACUGCAGACCCUACGGUGGAGGAGGAGCAAGCUCUGAAGGCAGCACAGGAGGAGGCUGCGGCCGCUGCUGAGGAAGUGGAGGAAGAAGAAGGGGAAGGUGAAGAGGAAGAAGAGGAGGAGGAUGAUUAAAAUAAACAUCACUGUGUUAUAAAAAAAAAUAUUUUUAAAUAAAGUUAUUCUUGUUUCUCUAAGUGA